GACCAUAGAGAGGGCGGUGGCAGAGCGAGCGGCCGGAUGCGGUCACCAUAGAGACGGGGACUGACAGCGAGCGGAAGAGGAAGGAGCGGGCUGGGCUGUGAGGUGGCAGUGGCUGCAGCGGCGGAGCCGGCGCCUCGGCCGGUCACUGGGGUCUGUUUCCCUUCCCCCCAACUUCCCCCUGCAAGGGUGACAGGGGCGCCGCUCCAGGGGACAGGAGCAGGUCCCACCCCCACGCCCUCGCCCCCGCUUCCCGGGACCGCGCUGGCCGCGUCUCCCGCACCCAGCCGCCCGUUAUCUGGCCGCCGCCGCCCCUGUCCCUUCUGCAGAGGCCACCCCCGUGGGCCUCGGGUCUUCGCCCGCUGGCGCCAGCGGGGCUUUUGCCCCUGCGGACGGGCCAGAGAACGGGGUCUUUGCCCUCCUCUCCCAGCCGCGACCUCCGCUCCCCGAGCCGAACAAACCGAGCUGAGGCCCCUGACCCUCCUCGACAGCUCCGUGACGCAGCCGGUUUUAUUUCUGUUUUGAGACUAACGGCUAAAACUCUCUUUGGGCCUUCUUUCUAGGACUAGAAUUGAUCUUUGAUCGCCGAGAGGUAGAGCAGGGGCGCCGGGCCUGGCAACGGUCACACCAGCCGAGCCUCCGUUUGCCUUCCCGGGAUCCCUGCGUUGUCUCUAGCUACUCGCCCUCUCGGUUUGGUUUGGUUUGGGUACCUUGGUCCCUGGUAAAAUCAGACGCCGAAUCGCUCUUACACUGUCCGAAUUACUGUCAUUUGCCUCCUGUCUCUUCUCAGAGGAAGGUGGGCAGCGCCAGCCUCUCAGCAGCUGGGAUUCAAAGAAAAAUGCCCUGCGAAGUGGCUCCAUCAGCCAUUGUGCUCCUCUGAGAGGCUCUCGGUGCUGACUCACCAUAUCUGUCCACCUCAUUUGGGUGGGCAGAACUUCUGUGCGCCAUGCCAGUGGCUCCUGACCACUCCUGACUAGGAGGAGGGGUUACUCUAGCUGUGUGUUUCCUUAACACCCCAGGGGUAGAGUAGAAAGAGGCCCUGACCUCUUCCCUUGUGCCUGCCUUCAGCAGCUAGUCAGCAGCCCCUUCAGUAAAUUGAAAUAGAGGCCCCGAGGCACAGAAACGUGCCCGAGCCAGGCACUCUUUGGGAAAGGCCUACUGAGGCAGGCUCCUCCAGUCGGGGCUGUCGUUUGGGUGGAGCAUGUGCUUUGCCCCAGCCUCUUCUUUAUCAGUUCUUGCUGUCUCUUGACUCAGAUCCAGUCUACAGAUGUGUGUAAACCUUCUUUUGGGGUUAGGUUUGGCAAGAUUGAGUUUUGUUUCCUCCCCUUUCUACUGGCAGACAGACCAUAAUCCCAUUAGUGGGUGAAAUGGGUUCUAAUAUUUAUUACCGUUUGGCCUAAGGGUUAGAUCCGACUCCUUGGUGACUGAAGACGGGGUAGAUGCCUUCUGGGGAUGCUGGGCCUGGAAGCAAACACACCUUGCCCUGUUAUUGAGCUCAUUAACCCCAGGUUCCCUGUUAAAGCUGCAGGCCUACUACUGGCCUGGUGCCCAUCAACCCACUGAUCAAUCCUUGAGGCUGUGCCCUCUGGGACACGCACAUGGCAGGGCCUACCAUCAUGCGACUGAGUUCCCUGUUGGCUCUGCUGCGACCAGCACUGCCCCUCAUCCUAGGGCUGUCUCUGGGAUGCAGCCUGAGCCUCUUGCGGGUUUCCUGGAUCCAAGGUGAGGGAGAAGAUCCCUGUGUAGAGGCUGUGGGGGAACCAGGAGGGCCACAGAAUCCAGACUCAAGAAAUCAGCUUGACCAAAUUGAUGAAGACUUCAAACCCCGGAUUAUCCCCUACUACAGGGAUCCAAACAAACCCUAUAAGAAGGUGCUCAGGACUCGGUACAUCCAGACAGAGCUGGGCUCUCGUGAGCGGUUGCUGGUGGCUGUCUUGACUUCCCGGGCCACGCUGUCCACUCUUGCUGUGGCUGUGAACCGCACAGUGGCCCACCACUUCCCUCGGUUACUGUACUUCACUGGGCAGCGAGGGGCCCGGACUCCAGCAGGGAUGCAGGUGGUAUCUCAUGGGGACGAGCGGCCGGCCUGGCUCAUGUCAGAAACCCUGCGCUAUCUUCAUACACACUUUGGGGCCGACUACGACUGGUUCUUCAUCAUGCAGGAUGACACGUAUGUGCAGGCCCCCCGUCUGGCAGCACUUACUGGCCACCUCAGCAUCAACCAAGACCUGUACUUGGGCCGGGCAGAGGAGUUCAUUGGCGCAGGCGAGCAGGCCCGGUACUGCCACGGGGGCUUUGGCUACCUGUUGUCACGGAGUCUCCUGCUUCGAUUGCGGCCACAUCUGGAUGGCUGCCGAGGAGAUAUUCUCAGUGCUCGUCCUGAUGAGUGGCUUGGCCGCUGCCUCAUCGACUCGCUGGGCGUCGGCUGUGUCUCGCAGCACCAGGGGCAGCAGUAUCGCUCAUUUGAACUGGCCAAAAAUAGGGACCCCGAGAAGGAGGUGAGCUCGGCUUUCCUGAGUGCCUUCGCAGUGCACCCUGUCUCCGAGGGAACCCUCAUGUACCGGCUCCACAAACGCUUCAGUGCUCUGGAGCUGGAGAGGGCGUACAGUGAAAUAGAGCAACUGCAGGCACAGAUCCGGAACCUGACCGUGCUGACCCCCGAGGGGGAGGCAGGGCUGAGCUGGCCUGUUGGGCUCCCGGCCCCUUUCACACCACACUCUCGUUUUGAGGUGCUGGGCUGGGAUUACUUCACAGAGCAGCACACCUUCUCCUGUGCAGAUGGGGCUCCCAAGUGCCCACUGCAAGGGGCUAGCAGGGCGGAUGUGGGUGACGCUGUGGAGACCGCUUUGGAGCAGCUGAAUCGGCGCUAUCAGCCCCGCCUGCGUUUCCAGAAGCAGCGGCUGCUCAAUGGCUACCGGCGCUUUGACCCAGCGCGGGGCAUGGAGUACACCCUAGACCUGCUGCUGGAAGCUGUGACGCAGCGUGGGCACCGGCGGGCCCUGGCCCGCAGGGUCAGCCUGCUGCGGCCGCUGAGCCGGGUGGAAAUCUUGCCUAUGCCCUAUGUUACUGAGGCCACGCGUGUGCAGCUGGUGCUGCCACUCCUGGUGGCCGAAGCUGCUGCGGCCCCUGCUUUCCUCGAGGCCUUUGCAGCCACUGUUCUAGAGCCACGAGAGCACGCGUUGCUCACCCUGUUGCUGGUCUAUGGGCCACGGGAAGGUGGCCGAGGGGCCCCAGACCCAUUUCUUGGGGUAAAGGCUGCAGCGGCUGAGUUAGAGCGACGGUACCCUGGGACGAGACUGGCCUGGCUCGCUGUGCGAGCAGAGGCCCCUUCCCAGGUGCGGCUCAUGGACGUGGUCUCUAAGAAGCACCCCGUGGACACACUCUUCUUUCUCACCACCGUGUGGACCAGGCCUGGACCCGAAGUCCUUAACCGCUGCCGCAUGAAUGCCAUCUCUGGCUGGCAGGCCUUCUUCCCAGUCCAUUUCCAGGAAUUCAAUCCUGCCCUGGCACCACAGAGAUCUCCCCCAGGCCCCCCUGGGGCUGGCCCUGACCCUCCGUCCCCUCCUGGUGCUGACCCAUCCCGGGGGGCUCCUGUAGGAGGCAGGUUUGACCGACAGGCUUCUGCGGAGGGCUGCUUCUACAAUGCUGACUACCUGGCGGCCCGAGCCCGGCUGGCUGGUGAACUGGCAGGCCAGGAAGAGGAGGAAGCCCUGGAGGGGCUGGAGGUGAUGGAUGUUUUCCUCCGGUUCUCAGGGCUCCACCUCUUCCGGGCCGUGGAGCCAGGGCUGGUGCAGAAGUUCUCCCUGCGCGACUGCAGCCCUCGGCUCAGCGAAGAACUCUACCACCGCUGCCGCCUGAGCAACCUGGAGGGGCUGGGGGGCCGCGCCCAGCUAGCCAUGGCUCUGUUUGAACAGGAGCAGGCCAACAGCACCUAGCACAACCGGGGCCGUGCAUCGGUGCAUAUUUCCCUUUUCUGUCUCAGCCCUGGGAAAGGCAAGGCAAGAUGGAUGGACAGAUGGAAAGCUUGUUGCUGUAUUUUUUUUAAUAAGAAAAUGUUAUUAAAAGUGUCUUCUGCCAAACUGUU